AUCAUAAAGAAGAAAGCUAAGGGUUAUGAAAGGAGGCUCAAACUUGAAGCUGCUACCAUGGCUGCUACUAGUAGCUAUGGUAAUGGUGUGCAACCACUCGACCGCUAAUCAAUCAGCGGUCGAGGGAGAAAUUGGAGCUUCGUGGGCUAGUUGGGCGAAGAACAAGAUUGGGGAGCUGAUCGGGCUGAAACCUGGCUUUGCACAGCCCCUUACUUAUACUAAUACUAAGCCCGCUACUCAGAUUAUUAAAGGCUUUGUUAAUAUUGGAGGUGGAAAAGCAGAGGAAAAUGCACAUGUAACAGCAAAUAAAGAAAUUCAGGAGACAAAAGAGAAUGUAUUUGAAGCCACCACUAAAGAUUACACAAUAGUUAAAGCUCUAUCAUUAAAGGAUGCCUUUGUGAAGGGUGUACAAGCACUAAAAGCCAAGGCUCAACAUUACAUUAGAGAAGUAUCAAACAAGGCUUCCAAGGUAAAUCACCAAGCCCAACAACAUAUAACUGAUAAGGCCCAAAAAGAUGUCCAAGUAGUGAAAGAAAAAGCCCAAAACCACAUUGAAGAAGUCUCAAACAAGGCCUCAAAGGUUAAAGAGUUAAUGGGCCAAAAGGUGGACGAAGCAAAGGAGACAAUGGCCCGUAAAGCGGCCCAUAUGGAGGCCCAAGACAACAAGGAUAUCGUCGAAGAAGAUUCGAGUUGGGUGAGGGAGAAGGCAAAGAAAGGGUAUGUAGUAGAAAAGGUAGCUAGUGAUAAAUUGUGUAGUGCAAAAGAGAUGAUGAAAAAGAAGGCAAGUGAGAAAGCUAAAGAGAUAAAAGAGAUGAUUGCUACUCAUUACACUUAUGAUGAUCAAGAUAAUGAGCUCUAAAGUAUUGUGAUUAAUGUACUUAAUGCUUUUGUAUGUCCAAAGAUAUUUUGGUUUAAGUUUAGGAGUUUAUAAUAGUGAUAGUGUCUAUGAAUGAACAUAUAAUAAAGGGUUACUUAUAGGAGUAACAAGGGAGUAUAAUUGAUUGUGUUUAAUUUCACUUUAUAUGAGACAUUAUACUUAUUAUAGAAACACUAUAUAAGCAACUUAACUUAUUGUAUCCACCUUGAUUACAUGGCCCUACUCCAACUUCUUGACGAAGUUUAUGCAUAUUUAGAAAAGAUACUAAAUGGUGAGAACGAGAAUGUCAUUUACAAGUAGAUCUUUAAAGAUUAAAACAAAAACGAUA